CCACCGACCCAAAUCAUCGCCCCGGCAAUUCUACCUUCAAACCAAAAAGCCGGAGCUCUGAUGCUUCAUCAGAUUCCUAGAAGUCCAUUUCAGCCUCAAACCCAUACCCCUCCGUCAAAACCUCUCCCAAUAACCCCUCAAAAUCCAUUAAACCAGUCAAGCGUUGAACACAACUACAGAAAUAUCUGCAACCUUCUCCUCUCCAUAACCCACUCAAGGUCUCUAUUCAAGGGCUUACAGCUCCAUGGUCACAUCGUCAAAUCAGGGUUCUUAACCAUUCAUCUCGUUUGCCACCACCUCAUCAACUUCUACUCGAAAUCCCAACUGCCACACUACUCCCGCCAAGUUUUUGAAGAAACCCCAGUAAAAUCUUCCACCACUUGGAGCUCUGUGAUCUCCGCAUUUGCCCAAAAUGAGCUUCCUUCGCUGGCUAUCGACUUUUUUCGUCGGAUGCUGGAUAAUGGGGUUCGACCCGAUGACCAUAUAUUCCCGAGCGCGACCAAGGCGUGUGGGAUUCUUUCGCGGUGUGAUAUUGGGCAAUCGGUACAUUCGUUUGCUGUGAAAACUGGGUAUGAUUGCGACGUGUUCGUGGGAAGUUCUAUGGUUGAUAUGUAUGCAAAGUGCGGGGAAAUUGGAGAUGCUAGGAAAAUGUUUGAUGAAAUGCCGGACAGAAAUGUGGUUUCUUGGAGUGGAAUGAUAUAUGGGUAUUCCCAGAUGGGUGAAGAUGAGGAGGCUUUGAGGCUGUUUAAGCAAGCUUUGAUGGAGGACUUAGAUGUUAAUGAUUUUACUUUUUCCAGUGUUGUUCGGGUUUGUGGCAAUUCAACGCUUCUCGAGUUGGGGAAGCAGAUACAUGGGUUGUGCUUGAAAACGAGCUAUGAUUCAUCAAGCUUUGUGGGCAGCUCUCUGAUAUCCCUGUAUUCAAAAUGUGGAGUGAUUGAAGAUGCGUAUCUGGUUUUCCAUGAAAUACCAAUCAGGAAUCUUGGCAUGUGGAAUGCAAUGCUGAUUGCUUGUGCUCAGCAUGCCCACACAGAGAAAGCCUUUGAUCUGUUUAAACAGAUGGAAGGUGUUGGGAUGAAACCGAAUUUCAUAACCUUUUUGUGUGUGCUUUAUGCUUGUAGCCAUGCGGGGCUAGUUGAGAAAGGGCAAUUCUACUUUGAGCUAAUGAAGGAGUACGGGAUCGAGCCUGGAGCUCAACACUAUGCUUCCAUGGUGGACCUACUUGGCCGCGCUGGAAAAUUGAAGGACGCAGUUUCUAUUAUCAAGAAAAUGCCCAUGGAGCCAACAGAGUCUGUCUGGGGAGCUCUACUGACAGGAUGUCGAAUCCAUGGAGAUACAGAGUUAGCUUCUUUUGUAGCUGACAGAGUCUUUGAAUUGGGUCCUGUGAGCUCAGGCAUACAUGUGCUACUAUCGAAUGCCUAUGCAGCUGCUGGAAGGUACGAGGAGGCAGCCAGAGCCAGGAAGAUGCUGAGGGACCAAGGCGUGAAGAAGGAAACAGGGUUGAGUUGGGUUGAGGAAGGAAACAGAAUCCACACAUUUGCUGCUGGUGACAGGUCUCACCCUUACACCAAAGACAUUUACAAAAAGUUGGAAGAAUUAGGUGAAGAAAUGGAACGAGCAGGUUAUAUAGCAGACACCAGCUUUGUGCUGCGAGAAGUGGAUGGUGAAGAGAAGAACCAGACAAUCAGGUACCAUAGCGAGAGACUAGCGAUUGCAUUUGGGCUCAUCAGCUUCCCACCUGAGAGGCCAAUCCGGGUCAUGAAGAAUUUGCGAGUUUGUGGUGAUUGCCACACUGCCAUCAAGUUUAUGUCCAAGUGCUGUGGAAGAACUAUCAUUGUUAGGGAUAAUAACCGGUUCCAUCGAUUUGAGGAUGGAAACUGCUCAUGCCGUGAUUACUGGUAAUUGAAUUGUAAGCAUCUGUAUCCCCUAGGCCAAUUUUGAUCCAUUUGGGUAGUGGAAAGGAAGAGGGAAAAUGCGAGUGUAGGGACUUGUGUCGAUUGAAUUGUAAAAACAUUCAUUUACCUAAUGAAACAAUCCCAGGAAAAAAAAAAAAGAAGGGUUUCUGUGGAUCAA